AAGAUGUUUUCUAUUGAUUCAUUUUCCUAAUGCCUAUCAAACACAAGAAAAUGUAGAAAAUAUUUUUCAAAAAUGAUUUUCUUUCAACCAAAACGUACCCACAGUGAAAUGGAAGAAUAAAAGCAUAUUUCUAAGCGUUCUUAUUUGUUAUAUUUGUUUUCUUUUUUUAUCUCAUUGUCUCAUUUUUUUUUUUUUUUAAAUAGAAAUCUGAAUUCCUUUACGUGAAACCAACAUCUGCGUUCCUUCAAAGUUCAAACCCAUUUUUUUAAUACACCUUUUAUAAGUCUCGUCUCUUGUUGAUGCUUGAGAAACACACAGACUCAAAUAUUGUUAACGGCGGGGAUUUCCCUACCCCAGAUAACUUUUCUGGAAUGUAUAAGCUCUUCAAAUCCAGCUAUGGAUAUCUCUUCUGGACCCUCAGAACCCAUUUCAGAACCCCUAAAACUCUCAUACCUCUUUCACAUCUCCACAGCGGUAACGAAAGUUUCGAUCCCAAUUCGAGACUGCGCUUCAUUGUCAAUGGGGUUGAGGAGCUUCAGUCUUCUAAACCCAUGUGCCGAAACACCCAAUCAUCGGCAAAUGCGGAUGGAACGUUUGAUCAAAUUGGACCCUUACGGCAGAAUGGAUCAUCAAUCCAGAUUUCGCAUCCCUGGCCCGAGUGGGUCGAUCUAAUGGAAGGCUUGUUGAAGAGAGGAUACUUCGCUGAUGAGAACCCUUUUGAAAACAUUAAUUUGGGUGUUAAGGAAGCGAAUGUAAUCCGAACUGCAUGCCUUAAUUUUGCAAGGGAUCAGUACAGUCUUGUGAGGAAUUUCUCAAGAAAAGAUAUCCAGGUAAUUGCAGGAUGUGGAUGCCCAAGCAUAGAUAGGAAAGUCGUUAAUUCAGGGAAGCGCUUAAGGGCACAUGUGGGCAUUGAUGAAGGAAAUGUUUGCAGCUCCUGCAAUUUGAGAGGAAAUUGUGAGAGAGCAUUUGUCAGGGCACGUGAAGAGGAAGGCGGAAGGACUGUAGAUGUCAUGCGUAUUUUACUGACGUAUGGUCUUGACCCUAUAACUGGUUCAGUGGAGAACAAGCCUUGUCAAAACAAAAUAGUUAAAGAAUCUGUAAGAAGACUGCUAAAAGAAAUGGUCAAUUCUUGUGCAGAGGAAGCAGAAACAGUUCUUCCCAAUGCGGCAUCCUUAAGAAUUAACACAUCGGUUCAAGAUCAUUUAAGUACGGGAGGCCACAUAAAAGUUCCAAUGAAGCAGGGAGAUUGGCGUUGUCCCAAAUGCGACUUCCUAAACUUUGCCAGAAAUAUCAAGUGCUUGCGUUGUGAUGGCUUAUUCCAAGAAAGACUGAAGCAACUACAUGAGGAUCAGGAUCAUUUGCCAUUGAAAAAGGGAGACUGGAUAUGCGACAAAUGCAACUUCCUGAAUUUUGCAAAGAACACAAGAUGUCUGCAAUGCAAAGAGAAGCCUCCAAAGCGGCCACUCAAUCCAGGGGAAUGGGAAUGUGAAUCGUGCAACUAUAUUAAUUUCAGACGCAACAUGGUGUGUUUGAAAUGUGAUCAUAAACGACCAAAGGCAUCAAAUGCUUCAAACACAUCAACCACAACAGACCAGGGGAACAAGGGAGGCUGUAUUAGCCAAGGUAGAUCUGCACGUUUUGGUAGUGGAAUUGAGGUUGAAUAUGAAAAUAAGCGGAUCACAGGUGCAGAUAAGUGGAGAUUUGUACAUGAAGAGAAUAGAGACCACAAUUACUUGAUGUCAUCAGAUGACGAUAUUAAGUCCAUUGAUUUUCCAAUUGCUGGAGGUAAGAGUUAUCUAUCGCGGAACCCAGAAAUGAAGGAAAAGUGGAAGUUGGAAAUGUCAGGGAGGAGUAAAACUCCUGGAAUGACAAGAGAAAAUGAUGAAUCUAGAUAUCCCAAAAGUCAGAGAAAGUUGGAAUUGCUUGAAUCCACUGAUGAUGAAAUGGCCGACUGGUUUAGGCCACAUAUAGAAGAACGAAUAUAAGAACCUUGUGUUUGUCUAGAAAAUAGUUUGGGAUUAAUGGUAGAUGAAAGUUAUGUAUUAAGAUUGCAUGAUGUUGAUCUCAGAAUAAUUCGUUAUCAAUACC